AUGGCCGACGAGCGCGACGUGUACCGCGCCGCCGCCGAUGAUCGAGACGCUCCUCUCCGCGACGAAGACCCCGGCCGCGCGAAACCGCCCAAGUCCCCGCCGCCCCAACCCUACCACACCGCCACCGCUCUAUCGUCCCUCGAAAGCCGCCUCGAGGAAUCCGAAGCCCGUCAUAUCGACUCCGAGGAACGUGUUCAGCAAUUGGAGAAGUUGGUGGAGGGUUUAUUGAAAAGCUCACCUGAACCAGCUGCGGCGCGGGCCGGAGUCUCUGAACCAGCUGUGGCGAGGGCUGGAUUCUCUGAACCAGCCGCAGCGCGGGCUGGGGAGUUUACGUUUCCGCCGGUGAGAUCGGUCCCCUUGGACGUUCCCCCACACACCAUUCUGGAACAUUCAGGCAAUACCGCUGACCCCCUUGUUCGUUCCCCUGGGGGGGAAUCUCACAGCGCACGAAGGGACGGCCCUUCUUCGGCAGUAAUCAGCUCUCGUUGGAGAGGGACGUUACCUGACCGGGAAGGGCUAUGGACAGGGGAUAACCCGGAUCGGUUGGUCACUUUCACUACAUUUGGGAAGUCGUACUUGUCUCUACUUUGCGACAUUUCCACCAGCGACCUUUUUACCACCGACCGCGUCAUCCAGCUUGUGGCGACCUUGUUCGUUCGUUCCACUUCUCCCAAGCGCCGUCAGUCUCCGCACGACUGGGCCGUUGAUACUAUGACGGACGCGCUCCGGGACGAACGACCUCACUGCUGGACGACACUGAUGACAGAAGUUGGACGUCGUUGGCCGGAUCCUGGCUUUGCCGACCGAGUGUCCCACGAUUUCUACGGGUGCCGACAGUCUUCGUCUCGAGCCUACGACCAUGUGGGCGAAUGGCGUGCCCGCUACCGAGCGUUUAUGCACAACGACCCCAGCUUCAGCCUCUCGUCCCUUCAACUCGCCACAACCUUUUAUCAAUCGUUGAGUGAUGUGGCUAAGCGGGAAGUGCGGGCUGGUAUGCUGCGGGAAUAUCGGGAUAACUCACUCGUGACUAUAGGGAGGUUCGGACGAACUGUCCCGUCCCUCGAGGAGGUUACCGACUGGGCCGCCAUCGCCGACGACACCGGCACGACAUCAGUUUCGACCCCGCCGAUUCGUACUGCGACUUAUGGAGCAAUUGCGAAAACGCCACGCACCGCCCCAUCCACGCCAAACGACGACGCACGUACCCAGAUCCGUCGAGCUCGAUGGAUGAACCGCGCCGGUAAAUGGCAACAGGCCUGUGAGGAAUCCACUCUCCGCUCGGCUCAGGACUUAGGCGCGCGGAGCGAACCGGGCGCGGACUUAGGCGCGCGGAGUGAGCCGGGCGCCCCGGCCCAGGACUUAGGCGCGCGAAGCGAGCCUGGGACUUAG